AUGCAACGUUCCAGAGUUGCUCCAGAUUUACGAAGUGUUGUGUAUUGCUAUGGUGUCAAACACGACGACACUUUAUGGACAAAACUUUGGAAGACGUUGCUAGACACAGAUGACGCCACUGAACGUUCCUUGCUGAUUUCGUCUUUGGGCUGCUCAAAGGUCUCCAGCACGCUGUACCUAGCUUCAACUGUCAUGAACGGUCUAACAAACAUCAUUCGAGGAAUGUCUCAAUACAUAACAAAUGAAGAUCAAAAGCAACAUCUCGUGGCCAUUGCGGGUCGUCUGAGUAACCCGGAGCACAAAGCAGUGGCCACCGCCGGCGUCGCCACCGCAGAGGUGAACCUUGCGUGGGCGCAGCGCCACAAGGAGAGCGUGCUGAGCGAACUGGAGAAGUGGACCCCGGAGGAGCCCGGCAUCGUCACGACCACCACCGAGGGCGGCGCGAGGGGCCUGCGACACGCAGCCCUUUCGCUC